UGCCGUCAUGGCGGGUCCGGGCGGGAGGACGUGGCGGGACCUGCUGGCAGGAAGAGCCAGGAAACGAAAAAGCACCUUUGGGAGUGGAGCAGAGCUCCAGGAAGCAGCUCUGCGCCUUCUGGAUCACCAUCAGAACCUGACUGACCUCCUCCUGGAGGUGGGAGAUUCAGUCAAGCCAGCUGGACAGGGUGGUGCAGAGCACCAGGCAGCAUCCUCAGAAUCGUUUGUAGUCUCUGUUCUGCAGGAACAGGCCUCGAGGCUGGGUGUGCCCACAGCAAUCCUGGCAGCCAAAACCACUGUUACCAACAUGGAGCGGAUCUGCCAGGCUGCAGCCAGCCCCUCCCGAGCCCCUCUGCUGAGCUUGGACCAGAGAGAGAGGCUGCUGUGCUUGCUUCAAACAGUCAAGGAUUUGCUGGCAAACAACAUCUUCUGUCGCUCCCUCUUCUGCCAAGAAAUGUGGAAAAUGAAGGACCCUCCAGUGCUGGAAGCUGUGUGGCACCUGCACAGAGGUGACGUCGUUGGGCUGGGGGAGCUGCUGGAGAGCACCCCAGGUGCCCCUGCUGUGGUGGAGUGGCUGUGCAGGAGCCUCUGUGGCCUCUGUAAGCAGGCAGAGGAGUCCCCCGUGGCGGCGGAGCUGGCUGGGCACGUUCUCUCAGACUUUGCCAUCAUGUUUAUUCAGAAUGGCUUUCAGCAAACCUCUGAGCUGGGAAGGAAGCUGGAAUUCAAGAAGGUUCCCUGUAUCUGUCGUGCAGCCUUACAAAGAAUGCUGACAUGGGUGCUUGAUGCUGUUGGGAAGGAGAAGCAGGAAGAUGCUUCCACAUUGCAAGCUGUGAGGUUCUGGCUGAAUGUGUUCAGUGUGUCACUUUAUAAAAGUGCAGUUCAUCCGGAUUCCUUGCAGCAGUUUUUUAGACACACCCUGACCGAGGUUCUUACCUACAACCCGUCCUGGAAAGUGUCUGAUGCCAUCCACCUGCAGAAGGAGUGGAGCUUCACGAGGACUUGUUCGCUGCUGACCACCUUGUAUCGCAAACUGUUUGUGGCAUUCAGUGCAAAGGAGUCCAUCUGCCAGCUGCAGCAAGUCCUGGAGACCCGUGAAGUAAACUGGCAGCACGUCCUCUCCUGCGUAUCCACGCUGGCAGUCUGUCAGGCUGAGGCUGAGCAGCUAUUCAAAGAUCUACUGAGCCAUCUCCUGAUCAAGGCCUUUGAGAAUUAUGACAUGGAAAAUAUGAUCACAGCGUUCCUGAUAGCCCGUCAGGCUGCGCUGGAGGGCCCUGCCGUGUUCAUGCCCUACGCUGAGUGGUUUAAGGCUUCCUUUGGGAAUGCUGGUGGUCACCAUGGGAGCAGUAAGAAGUCUCUGGUCUUCCUCUUUGAGUUCUUGUCAGAGCUAGUGCCCUUUGAAGCAGCACCCUACCUGAAGGUCCAUAUAAUGUACCCACCUUUUGUGCCAACAAAACACCGCUCUGUCCUCUUGGAGUACAUCACUCUGGCUAAAACCAGACUGGCUGACCUCAAGGUUGCUAUAGAAGACAUGGGGCUCUAUGAAGACUUAUCUUCCACAGAUGAAUCUGUACAGCCCCAGGGCCAGGCACUUCGGGACGUGGAAAAGGCCCUUCAGAUAUUUGAAAGCACAAGGAAGAUCCCAACAUCUGUGAUAGAAGCCAGCAUUUUCAGGCGGCCGUAUUACACCUCCCGGUUCCUUCCUGCUCUGCUCAGGCCACGUGUGCUCCCUAAAGCCCCUGAUGUGUGCAUGACUUUCAUAGAUUCCUUAAAGAGAGCUGAUAAAAUACCCUCCAACUUGUACUCCACAUACGUGCAGGCCUGCCGUGCUCUGACAGAGCAAACGUCACACGAUGAAUCAAAAGUAGAGAGCAGCCACUCCAAAGAGCCUGCUGAGCAGCUGAAGGCUGAGCUGGCUGAACUAAGGACACUGAUUGUGGAUGAGGCUAAACAUGAAGAUGUGCCAGCACAGCUUGCAGUGAUUUCUGACAGGCUCAGCACCAUCUUGGGUCACAGCAGUGACGAGAAGGAAGCUGUUGGUUUGAAUUCUCCAAUCCCAGUUGAUGUUUCUGCCCCCAGGCUGGAGCCCAGCCAUCAGAGUGUGGUUGAUCUUCUGCUGACGUCAUUCUGCCAAAACCUAAUAGCUGCUUCCUACUUUAACCCUCCUGACAGGCAGGGACCAUGUCUCUCCUUGUUUGUGAAGAUGAUGUGUGGACACAGGAAUCUCUUGCCUGCUCUUCUGGGCAGGCUCUGCCAGCUUAUUUAUCAUCAGGGUCCUUCCCUGAAUGAGGCUCAUGUUUUAGGACUAGCAGCUUUUGCCAUCCACCUAAAUGAAUCCAGAGCUUUAAUCCCUGAAGUGGAAGCCAGCUUUGGGAUUUCUCAGCCUGUUCCUGCAAAGAUCCUUUCCAUUUCUGAGUUCUGGAACUGCUUGCUAGUGUGCAGGACAGAAGAGUCAUUUUCCUUCUGCAUGAGGUUUUGCACUGCAGCAGCAUCUUACCUUAUGUGCAAGUUUUGGCCCUGCUCUCAUGAAGAGCUGUGUGCCUUGCUUCCUCCCAGCCUUGUUAAAAAGCUGCAGUACCUCGUACCGCGCCUGAGCCUGGAAGCUCGGGGAAUCCUACGUGAGGAGCCUAAAACUGACCUAACCUGGAGUUCCCUGUCCUGCCCCUCUCUGAACUACAAAAAGGCCAGCCUGUGCUUGUGGAAGCAAGCACGCUUUCAGGAGUUGCUGAAGGAAAAGCCAUUCCAGUUGUCUUUCAGGGAGUGGCUGCUGUUGGAGCUGGAAGUUUACCCUGAGAGGGAUGUUCUCUCUGCCUCAGAAAGGCAGGAUUUCCAUUACUGGGCCAUCUACCAGUGGUACCUUCCUGCACCUUCUGCUUCUGGUGGCUGCGAUGGAGACCUGGAGAAGGCCUGUGCCAUCCUUAUCAACACCAUGCUGGAUUCCUCACAAAGGUUGAACCUGGGUAGCUGUGGCCAGUCGAAGAUGACAGUCAAUCCUGAUAUUCUCUGCAAGCUGCAGGAGAUGGUGCUGGAGCUGGGCUGUAGGCAAAAGUUACCUUCUGGCUCCUUGGAUGCCCAGAGACACUUCAUCUUUGAGAUUCUCCAGGAAAGACUGAAAGCCAGAAAGCAGGGCCCUGCUCUGGCUGAGCAGCUGUGGUGGCAGCAGGAGCUGCAGCUGCACAGAAGGAUCCUGGUUGGGCUCCCUGCAUCUGCUCUCAUCAUGACAUGUCAAAGAGGAAAGAAAACAGUGUUGGACUGUGAAGCCUUUUUUGGAUAUGUAAACUCAGAGCUGAAGAACGUCUGUUCCAGAGGGUAUGCUCUCUCCUACGACAUCACUGCUCACUUCUUCAGGGGCCUGCUUAAUGCCAGCUUGGGCUGUGAGGAAUCAGCAGAAGUGGUCAACGGUGUUCUAAGAGCGUGUCGGACCAAGUGUCCCAUCCUGCUUCUCUCCGCAGCGGUGUGGUGGCCAAGGCUGGAGCCAGGACUUUGCUCUCAAUGGAAGAGGCUCUUUGGAGCUCCACUUGCAGGAGAACUGGAGAGACUGGGGGAAUGGCAAUCCUCAGCUGCCAGGUUCCUUUCUUCAGGAGUGGCUUUCCCUCCCCCUGGCCCUGCGUGGGUUUCGGCCGCCUUCCUCCACUGUGCUGUCCAACAGCGGUCGCUGCGUGGACAGGGCAGAGAUGCCCUGAAGAGGCUGGGGACUGACACAGAGCAGCUUCUUGUUUCUCUGCUGUUCCUCUCACUCAUGGAUCUCAUCUCGGCCAAAAUAGCACCAAAGGAAGAAGUGGAGUUUCAGACAUCUCUGGAAUGGUCCCUGGAGAUCUUGCAGUGCCUGGAGGAGAGGGGCAUGUCCUGGCCACUUCUCUUCCACUCAGCAGAGAAAGGUGAGCGAGCCCUGUCUCCACGGGGAUACUGUGUCCUGCGCAGCGCAGCCUCGGAGCGUCACAUCCGCCUCCUGCCCGUUGCCUUCUACAGCCUCACCCCUUGCUUUCACCACGAGCUGCUCACCAGAGAGCAGACCUUCCUCUACGUGGCCCUGGAUUUGUACAUCCAGCUGCUUCGGCUCUUUGUGGAAGGGAAGGACCUGCCCCAGCCUGACCCCACAGAGCACGGGGACCCCAUGGAGCUGCUGCCCGCGGCGCGGCGCUUCCUGCUCACUGCCGCCCCCUGCUGCCCGGCCCGGAGCCUCGCAGCCACACAGCCGUUACUGGCCACGUGUGAAGAACUUGACCCCGAGCUGGGAGCCACGCUCCUGCACUGCUUAGGGCCUGGCCCGGCCAUGGAGCUGGAGGAAGAGCUGGUCCUGUUCUGA